CUUUUUUAUAAUGCCAAUUUGCUAAUGUUAUUUAUAAAAUUCGUUCAACUCUUUCCCGUGGAAGCUGAUAGAGCAAUCGAAUGCUUGUCUAUGUUAACUAUAGUUUUCUUGCUUACGGUUAAAAUGGCUGUAUUUCAAAAAAAGGGGAUGCGAAAUCUCUUGAACCAGACGAUGGAUGAAAUCGAAAUAUCUUCGCAUGGGGAUUCGAAAACCAAAAAGAUUAUUUUAAUUUACACUAGAUACAGCAACAGGUUAAACAUUAUCAUAACGGUCUAUUCUUUCAGCGUUGGGAUCCAUUUACUAAUAAUGGGAAUUUUCGAGUAUCAGCAGUUUCAACAAAUCCACCCAAAUUGUACCGAAAUAUGCUACAAGCCGUUGCAAGUGUUAUAUUGGUAUCCUUUUGAUACGGAUAAAUAUUAUGGAAUUGUUAUAUUUUAUCAAGCCUUUUCGGUGUUGUUCUCUGAUUUAUACAACAGCGCUACUCAAGCUUUAUUUAAUACGAUCAUGAUCGCUUUGACGGCUCAACUAAAAUCAUUGCAACACCAUUUCAGUAAUAGUGAAAGAAAUGUUUCGGUCGGAAAUGAGCAACUCUCAAAAAAUGCAACAAAAAGGUUGAUAAUCUCAAUUCAAAAACAUCAGUCCCUGAUAAGUUUCACAGAAGAAUUGAAUAUUUCCAUGAAAUCUAUUUUGCUGGUUGAAUAUAUCAUUUCGUCGCUUAUGAUAGCAUCGAUUGUUAUUCAAGUAUUUCAAGGAAAAAGGGUGUUUUUCAAUAUACAUUAUGGGCUGGCUUUGUCGUACCAGAUGUUCGCGCUGGCCUGGAAUGCUAAUGAAAUAAGGGAGGAGAGCCAGAAUUUAUCCAAUGCGGUCUACGAGAGUCAAUGGUAUAACCGUUCGGAGACGUUCAAGAAGUUAGUAUUAACCGUGAUUCUGAGAGCACAGAAACCCUUAUCGUUGAAGAUUGGUCCAUUUGGUUCGAUGACAGCUGAUGUUGCGUUAUCGAGGGUGAAGGUUGCCUACACUUACGUGUCAUUGAUGUCGGGAGAAAAAAUUGGGUCAUAAAUGUUACUAAAACAUUCUUAUAAUAUACUUAGAAUAAAAGUUAAUAUUUGACGAGC